GACUCACAGUAUACAGCACACCAGGCGCCUCUUUCUACUUUCACUUUCGAUGUGACGCCAUCUUUCCCCGGAAAUGUGGGCGCGGUUCUGUCAGAAAAAGAUGGCGGGUCAUCGGAGACUGAUAGGCCUCCUCACCGUGCUGGGGGUCCUACUACUCGGUGCCGGGGCUCAACAAACAGAAGUAAAAUUGGUGGGCAGUGAAGUCAUCAUGGUGCCAAAAUACACUGGAAAUCCCACAGAGAUAAACUGGAAGAUAAAUGGUAACAAGUUGGUGGACAUGGAGCUGAACACCCCAGAUGAGCCCACAUUUUACCAUCUAAAGAACAGAACGACUAUUGAUAGAACCAAUGGAAGACUCACCAUAAGGAACCUGACUAUAGGAGACUCCGGGGACUACAAGGCGGAGGUGUUGGUGAAUAGUGUGUAUCAGUACACAGAGAUCAAACUCACUGUACGAGCUUGUCCUGAUGUACCCACCAUCACCGAUCAAAGUACCAAGGAUCGGAUUAUACUGUUCUGUGAAUCCUCCACUCCGGGAGUCACCUAUGAAUGGCGGAUCAAUAAAAUAUCUGUGGGCACAAAUCAGUUAUACAACGAAUCCCGACCCAAAGAGGAUGUGACUCUGACUUGCUUUGUAGAUAAUGAAGUGUGUAAGAAGAAUGUGUCUAAAACAAUCCUCUAUACUGCAGAGCCCAGCGGUCCAUCUGGAGGUGGCAUUGCUGGUAUAGUAUUCGUGGUUAUCAUCGUUAUCGUCAUCUGUUUACUGUUGUUGUUAUAUUUUUCCCGAGACGAACCGCGUGUAGUGGACUGUGUCCGGAGAGUCCGUAAACGUAUGCCCUGGUGUAAAGGAAACUCAACUGAUGUGGAGGGACAACCUUUGUUGGCUCAAUCACAGCAAGUAAAAAUGGUGGGAAGUGAUCUCAUUCUGGAUGCACAAUAUAUCGGAGAUCCCUCAGAGAUCAACUGGAAGAUAAAUGAUAAGAAGUUGGUGAACAUGAAUCUGAUCAGCCCGGUGGAUCCCAUAUUUUACAGUCUUAAGGGCAGAGCGACUAUUGAUGAAACCAAUGGAAGACUCACCAUAAGGGGCCUGACUAUAGAGGACUCCGGGAUCUACAGGGCGGAGGCGUUGGUGAAAGAUGGUCAUCAGAUCACAGAGAUUACCCUCACUGUACGAGAGAGCAGCGGCUGCAUCACAGUGAAGUUCCCUGAGGAUCAGCCAAAAGGAAAAGUUAAUCCAGGUCUGACUAUACAUAAUGUGAAGCCUGAGGACCAUGGCCAAUAUGUUCUAGAGGUUCUCCAGUCCAAUGGUGAAAAACAUGAGUUGAAAAUAAAAGGUCAAUCACAAGUAAAAUUGGUGGGAAGUGAAGUCACUCUGGAGCCACAAUAUAGAGGAGAUCCCUCAGAGAUCAACUGGAAGAUAGACGGUAACAAGCUGGUGGACUUGGAGCUGAACACCCUGGAUGAUCCCACGUUUUACCGUCUUGGGGACAGAGCGACUAUUGAUGGAGCCAAUGGAAGACUCACCAUAAGGGGCCUGACUAUAGGAGACUCCGGGGACUACAAGGCGGAGGUGUUGGUGAAUAAUGUUUAUCAGUACACAGAGAUCACACUCGCUGUACGAGAGACGGAUGGCAUUGUGAUUAUUGGAACUGAGGAUGACAAAGUAACUCUGGCCGUACCUGAUACAGAGAAGGUGACAAAGAUAACUUUGAAGAAAGGUGGUGUCACCCUGUUCCAGUGGAAGGUCUCCGAUCUCAAGCUUCACACCAAUAACAUCACUCUGGAGCCGGGAUUUGUCACUGUGAACAAUGUGGAAGGAAACAGAUCAUACAAAGUUGAGGUUCACUCAACUGACAACAGUAUUACCAACCACAAAUUGCUGGAAGCGAACAAUCAAGGUAAUGAAUCCCCAACUAACAGAGAAGCGGCGGAAACGACCCCUCUCGCUGAGAACGGUCGCUCGGAGAGCCAGCCCAUCGACAGCGUCACAUUUCACCCCAUUAACAUGACUAACAAGAUCACCUGGAAGAAGGACGGUCAGCCGGUGAACAUCGAUGGUAAAAGAAUGAAAUCCGGUCCAUAUGGGGACCUCAUAAUAAACAACGUAACACCAGGUGAUAAAGGCAAAUACUCCGUCCAAUGUGAAGAUCAGAAACUGGCACAGGAGUUCAUUCUUCAUCUGUAAGGUUAGGUUGGAAGGACAUCACAUGAAGGCUCGGAUAUAUCCGCACUAUAUAACUUUGUCCCUCUGGUGGGACUUUUCCAGUUCUCCUGUCUUCUGGAACCAAAUACAAAGGGAUACAAAUACACAGAGAACAUGGAGAAUGACUUGACUCAGUAUUGUCCUGUCAACCAGGAAGAAGGCACCUUGCCAUAUUUCAUAUUUUUUUUAUUUUUGUUUUGUUCUAUAUUUUUUAUGACCAUUUAAUAUAACCUGCAGCUUGCCAUCUGUGCUUCCUUAAUAUGGCUUGAGAAUGUAAAUGACUGAGGUCCUCGCUUCCCUGGAAGUGGAAGUAUUUCUGGAAAGUGUUGUCUUCCCUGCUCUGUCGGCCAUCGAGAUCCUCUGUGUAACAUUGUAGAUUGAGAUGCUGAUGAUGAUGAACUUGGGUCAUACGAAAUGGGAGUUACAGACAGUCCAAAGAGGAAUCAGCCCAGAAGAUGAUGGGUGUAACUGGAGGAACAAAGGAUGGUUGGUGCAACUGGAGGAUACUGAGGAUGAUGGGUACAACUGGAGGAUGAUGGGGUACAACUGGAGAAGGACACGUAUAGGCCAAUACUUUGUGACAUAUCUCACAGCUCUUUAUCCAACACUUUCGUCGCACAUCUUGUGACCUCGCCAUGUGUGCCUCCACCUUUGUGUCUCCCGGAGAACAGCAGGUGCUGAUUGCAGUUGGAUUUAUCUUGAUCUUAUGAAGCAUUUUCCAUAAGUCUUAUUUUUACAAUGUUCAUACUUUUUAUGUACUUUGAUUUCCUCCAUCCCCUUUUCAGAUAUUUGGAGCCAACCACAUAUUUGGUUUCUGUAAAAGGCCAUAAGAUGUUUGUACAACCCUAUGGUAAACCUCUGCUUCAUGUUGGGUUCGUAGAGUCCACCUUGUAAUCAAAGCUACCCUUAAGAUGCAUAUUGGAGGGAUUUGAGAAAGUAGCAAUGGAAAUUAAAGACUGGAUCCAAAAUAGAGACUACAGGAGGUCUACAAUAGAGCAGGUGUAUCAUUUUUGGCAAGAAAAAAAACGUAGGAAUAAUUUAUUGAAGGAUUGAGCUAGAGAGACUAUCACCUAUUUAUUUAGCACAAAGAACGAGAAUGCACCUGGUCAUGCCCCAAAAGGACGGAGGUGUUCGAGCUACUCGAAUUUUAGGGAUACUCUUUUAUUACUGGUUGUCCGUACACCGCAAGCCCCCAGUGCCAUUUUAGAACAGCACCAGGUUAGCUAUUCUUCCAAAUACUGUUUUUAAAACGGCACCCGGUCUCCACCAGGAAGGGGUGCAGGAUGAGACCUAUUGGCUGACAGCCGGUAUUCAGCGCCAUCCCUAGAGGCUGUGAAAGGAUCCGCUCCUGCUCUCCCAAUGCUUUUACAGAUUGGUCCAUAAGAACGCACUGUGAAAUUGUAAACCAGGUUCCUGCAUUGAUGUUGGGCCAUUGCCAUUCGGUAUUGAGGCCUGAAGAAAGCCUCUCGCUCUCUCUUUCCUGUAAUAGAUCACCUUUUAGAAGUGAUCUGCUGCUGCGCCGCUGCAUUUGGGUGGCUAGAUCUGAUCUCCACCUACCAGAUCCAGACAGUCUUCAAAAAAAAAAUUGCAUAAAUAUACAGUGUGUGUACAUAAUAAAGAUAUAGAUUUGAAAGACAUUCCUUCCUGAGAAUAAUCCCCGAGUGCAACCCCGUUAUUCCCACAUUGGUGGCGGAGGAUGUGGGUUACAUUUGCGUUCCCCAUGCAAGCAUCAAUUGAUCAUGUCAAGUUGAUUCUUAUUUUUAGCGACCUCGGCCCUGAAAAAAAAAAUUCCCGGUCGUGCGAAUUUGUGCCGUUGUCAAUCUGACUUAAUCUCAACGUUGCAACUAACAAGUUCCGCAAACGGCUUAUUUCCCUGACGUGUGUUGCAAUGUGUAUAUACUCCGUCCUAUACAUAAAAAUGAUGCAAUAUUG